GUGUGUCCCGAAAUGCUCUAGCGGUAACUGGGUAGCAGGGUUGGGCCCAACGAGAUAGAGCGGACGACUUAGCGCUGUGAAAUGGAGAAAUACUUGGACCUUACGGCGAUCGGGCAGGGCCAGUAUGGCACAGCCUAUCGUGCCAAGGACAAGUAUGAUAAUCAGCUGUACUGCAUCAAGAGGAUCCCGAUGUCCGCCAAGGAUGACCAUGCGGGGGCAUUGCGUGAGGCCCAGCUGCUUGAUUCGCUGGACCACCCAAACAUUAUCAGAUACCGUGAGUCCUUUGUCGACAAGGACGGCUCGCUGUGCAUCGUUACCAGCUUCUGUGAGGAGGGUGACCUGUUCAACCGCAUCCGCAAGAAGGCAGCGGCUAAGGAGUACUUCACGGAGGACGAGGUCAUGAACAUGUUUGUGCAGAUUGCUUCGGCAAUCAGCUACAUCCACUCCAAGCGCGUGCUGCACCGCGACCUCAAGACCCAGAACAUCUUCAUCGCCAAGGGGGGCAUCAUCAAGCUGGGCGACUUCGGUAUUUCAAAGGUGCUGGAGCGGACGGACUCGUUCGCCACCACAGUGACGGGCACGCCCUACUACAUGGCGCCUGAGAUUUGCACGAACCAGCCGUACACCUACAAAAGUGAUAUCUGGUCGCUGGGCUGCGUGCUGUACGAGCUGUGCACACUCAGGCACGCUUUUGCCGCAGACAGCCUGCUGUCGCUGGUGUACCAGAUCGUGCGUGGCAACUUCCCCCCCAUCCCCACCGACCAGUUCAGCAACGGGCUCAGCGACCUCGUAAACCGCCUGCUGUGGCGCGACCCCGCCACACGCCCCUCCCUCAGCGAGGUGUUUAAGCUGCAGUUUGUGCAAAAGCACCUGGACCGCUUCAAGGGGGAGGAGCAGCGCCGCAACCUCAAACAGUCCACCAGCAUUUCGCGGCGCAAGCAGCUGCUGGACGCGCAGCCGGGGCCCGGCUACUCGGAGUACGACGGGAACCUGACGCCGAAGCAGAAGCUGGAACGCAAGAAGCAGGUGGACCGCGAGCGGCGCGAGCUGGAGAUGCGGGUGGCGGCCAUGUCAGCCAACAAGAACCGGGAGCAGGUGGCGGCGCGCAAGAAGGAGAUGAUCUACGGCUCCAACGUGGGGCUGCCGGGCGCGCAGGUGCAUCACCAGCCGCCGCCGCAGGAGCGGGGCUUCGAGGACGACGACAUGCCCAACUUGGGCUCCGUGCGCAUCGACGACGGCCCGCGCGCCGCCGCGCCGCCCACGCGCCCCGGCAACCGCAGCAUCUGGGACGUGGAUGUGCCGGAGCCGGGGCCGUCGGUGAACCCCUACGCCGCGACGCUGCCGUCGCAGGCGCGGCAGCAGCAGCAACAGCAGGCGGCGCGGCCGCAGACGUCGCAGCAGGGCGCUCGGGCGUCGCCGGCGGGGAGCGCUGGGCGGCCAGGGGCUGGGGCGCCGCUGCAGCGGCCGGCCACGACGCAGGGCGGCUCACGGGGGACGCCUGGGGCGUACGGCGGCGGCAUGUGGGACGACAGCGAUGACGUGCUGCAGGGGAGCGUGCGGGGGACGCAGCGCACCGUGCGGGCAGGGCUUCAAGGCACGGCCAGUGCGAUGGAUGCGGGCGGUGGCGGCGGCGGCAACAACGGCUGGACGUAUGGGCGCAAUGACGACAUGCCCAACAUGGGCACCGUGCAGUUCACGCAGGGGCCGGGCUCCUCGGCCUUCGGCGUGGGCGCUCGCGGCUCGCCGGCGCGGCCGCUGGAGUACACGGCCGGCAACCGCACCGGCGCCUCCGACAGCCCCCUGAUGGGCUCGGUGGUGCUGGGCAACACACGGACCAUGGGGGGCGUGGGCGCGGGCGCGGGCGCCAGCGCGGGCCGGCCAGGCAGCGCCCACAGCCGCGGCGGGCCGGGCGGGAGCAUCCUGUCCGCCGGGCCGGAGCGGCCGGCGUCGCCGUACACCGGCGGCGCGCCGCCGUACGGCCAUGCCCGCCAGUCGCCGGCACCGGAUGCGCGGCGUCCGGCGGCGCAGUAUGGCACGCCACCGGGCGGGAGAGCGGGCGGCGGGUACGGGGCGGCGGCGGGCGGCAGCCACCACGGGCACGGGCAUCACGGCUCUCAUGGCCACGACGACGAGGACGGCUACAGCGAUGACUUCGAGGAGGACGACGACGACGAGGGCGUGGUGCAGCAGCGCAACCGCAUCAUCGCCAAUGUAGAAGACAUGGCGAACCGCGGGUACGACGGGCGCGACGGCAUUGCGGCGGUGCAGGAGCGUGUGCUCAACACGGGCGCCAAGCACGACAAGGCGCGCAUGCUGCGGGCAAACUGCGAGCGCGACCUGGGGUCCAAGUUCAGUGCGGUGUACGACUACCUCAGCCGAGUGCGCAGCCAGAACCCGCCGCCGGAGGAGCGGGAGGUGCAGCGGCGGCUGUUGGAGAUCGUGGGCGACAAAAGCAAGAUGAACGGCACGUUCCAGGUGGACCAGCUGGUAUUCACGGAGCAGAUGUAUCGCGAUAGCUGAAGAGGGGGAGGGGGACGAGGAGCACAAUAACGAGCGUGUGUGUCGGCAUGCAUCUUGAGCAGCGGCUGAAACUAGGUGGUGUUUGUGGGGCAGUGCUGGCAGCGACAUAACCGACUAUGCAAAUAGGAGUGACGUGAGGUGGUGGAGCCGGGAGGCGGGUGGAUAGGGUGGGUGGGUGCGGUGAAGCGCGCGUGUGCACCAGCGCGAGUUCGGAACAUGCAGUCGUAGUCUGGUGGAGCUGGUGGGUGCAUUGUAGGGCGGAUUUCUGCUGGGUGAGGUACUGGUGCUGCGGGAGACUGCAUUCACCGAAGGAUGGAAUGGGCUCGAAUGUGGUGGAAUGCUGCAGGAUGCUGAAUUCAUGAGCAACGGAGCUCUAUCUGACGCGGUACAGUGUGGCAAGCACGGGUUCCUAUGGUGCCAAGACUUGUCACGUAGCAAGCUCACCGCAACGGGUAAAAUCUCAGGGAACUAGGGAACGCUACACCUAUACACCAAUAUGCCUGCUCUCCAAGGCAGUGCCGCUGGGCGUACUGGUUGGUUUUGCCUGGGGCCCCGGGCCUGCAGCGCACAGAACUUCUAGGUGCAGGUGUUUGGGCGUGACGGCCAGGGGAGUCGCAGAGGGUCGCAGGCACAGGCAAGUCCGCGAGUGUAAAAGGGCACGCAU